AUGUUACCAUUACAUCCGCAAGAGUUCAGAAACAUUGCAGAUCAUCUUUAUGACACGUACUGCGCCUUGAAUGAGGAGGCUCAUCGUCUCAGAAAGGAAAAUAAGGCAUUGACUGAGGAACUCAACAAAAUUAAAAACCUAAACACAUCCCUCAGUGCUAGAUUAAAUAAUCUGAGUGGUACUAGGAUUCUGAAGAUGGGGGCUGAAUGGUUCCUGGAUGGCGAGUUCUUGUUGAAUAUGUGUCUAACACAUAGGAUUAGGUUUAACAGCCCAAUUUGCAAUGCCAAGAUAAGCAAAGAAGGGAAGAUAGCAUUUACAUGCAACAAUAAGAUCUUUCUGAUAAUUGAUAAGAAUGUUUUUGUGGUUGAGGACACUAUUAAAAGUUUUGAUAUGAAAACAAUGAAGCAUGAUUUGGUAGAUCUUGAAAGGAGGAUAUUUGACUUUAUCGAGGAAGACUUGGUUGUAUACGACAACGGGCGCAUUAUAAAGUUUAAUAAUCAACAGCCAGGAUGGGUGGUUAACAACAUGAUGGGUGUUACGCAUAUCUGUGUUGAUCAGAGGUUAAUUUAUGUUGGUAUGGAUGAAGGAAAGAUUCAAAUAUAUAAUAUUGAAGGGGUGUAUAAAGAUGAAAUAGUGCCGAACGUAGACUUCACAUCCUUUAUUGUCAAAGACUCUCGGGUUUUGCUUGUUUCCCAGGAAUGUAUCACAUUACAGCCUUCAUUCAUGCAUCUCAGCAGUCACAGGAUUGUAGCAACCGAUUUUGAUGGAAAUGCAGUGUACCACGGUGGAACCACAGGAGUAGUGAGCAUGGCACUUCCCUCUGGCAACACCCUGCAGUCCUACGACUCUCUCAACUUCAAGAGUCCCAUUCUUUCUCUUUUGAAGUACAAGGGUUUUCUACUGGUGGCAACUGAAGAUAGAAUGGUCAAUGUGACGGACCUAACCACAAAGAAAAGCAUGAGAAUAGUGCAGACUGACAAUGUUAUUGACAUGUGUUGCAAUGAGAAUGUAAUAUGCUUUGUUGAUAACAAUGGAGGCCUGAAAGAAUGGAGGAUUAAGCAGUAA